AGUAAACACACGGCGAUGAAAACAUCGAAGCUCCGAGUUGGAGCCAGUUUGUUAUAAAUUCAUGACAGAAUCGUCUGCAAAAAUUUCACAGGCUGGACUAGUGGAGAAGGUUGGAACGCUGAGCGACAAAAUGUCCAAGAAAUCAACAAAUGAGACCUCAACAAAGAGAGUGGGGAAGCGUGGCAGAAGACCGUCUAAGGUAGAUGUGAAAGUAAAGUUAGAAAGGAGUCGUCAAAGUGCAAGAGAAUGUCGGGCGCGGAAAAAGCUCCGAUACCAGUAUCUUGAGGAGUUAGUGAACAGCCGAGAAAAGGCAGUGUAUGCACUGCGAUCAGAGCUGGAGCAAUUCAGAGAAGUGUGUGAGGCUAUUGACAAUGGUCACAUCCCUGAAGGAAUUGAAAGUCUCUUGGCUUCAUCUGCCACACCUGCAAACCAAAAAAGAAAAUCUCAAAAGCCUGUCGUGAAAGCUGAAAGCGACAGCGAAGAAACUCCGUAUGAUAUCCUAAUGGAUGUCCUCGGAAAGCCGGGGACAAGCCAGCAAUUCGGAGAAACCUCAAAAAGUUCACCUGUUGGAAGCGAUGGCCGGUCGUCACAUACUGAUGACCUCAAAGAAAUGUCCCCUUCAUCGUCUUCCAGUGAGUCAUUGCAGAGUUCAAGUUGUUCCCCAAUUACACCCACCCAGGAGGAUCCAAGGACGACAAGUUUUUUGAACAUUUUGGAUGAUAUUCGCGGAACUUCCAUCUCUGUGAGUGAUACUGGAAACAGUUUUGAUAUGGCGGUUGGUGCUCCAUACGAAUUUGGAGCCAUCGCUUCUCCGAAUGUUGCUGUUCAGAUGUCUCCCCCUUCCGUAUUCCGUCAUUUGCCCCCAGAUGGCAACCACACAACAAGCAGUUCAUCAUCCUACAACAGAAAUGUUAGUAUGGAUGUUGAUCCAGCCUUUCAGGAUGCCAUCAACUCCGAGGCAUCUGUCAGCCAAAUUGUUUCCGGAAACUCUGGAGGACAACCAGUGUUUCUGGACGCCACUCCUGCGUCUGCACCGAUGUUGUGCGGCACCGAUAGCAUAUUUUAUGCUACACCGUCAGUCUCCACGUCGUCGCCACAACCGUUUUUGUAUGAGCUGAACGUAUCGGCUGUGGGACAGGUGACCGGGGAUGCCCAGCAUGACGCCAAACUCUUGAACCAUUUCAAAACUACGUCAUCAUGGUAUCCCAGUGCCGUACACGACCAACCCACCAAUCAGAUCGUAACAAAUGCGCCUUGUCCGGAGGAUAUACAGGAAAUACUCUUGUCUACACAAGAAUUGUCGUGAGAAGCAAUUAGACAAUUGUAUUUGUGUAGAAAUUGACGCGAAAGUCUACUUGAAUGUCAGAAGUGAUACAUUCUGCAUUCAGAGUUCGGUAUCACUGACGGAGAGCAUGUGCAUUAAUGCUUUCUGCUACAAAUAUUGUUCAUGCAUGUUAAAGACACAGCACUGCACCUUAAGAAGAAGCAUGGUAGGAUGCAAAGAAGAGUGAAGAGUUCAGGAAGAAGGGUGAAGAGGAGUCCAUGAAGAGUCCGUGAAGAGGGGUACAGGAUUCUCUCGGGGAAAUGCUGUCAGUGCCAUAGGAAAAGGAUUUUGAAGCUCCGAAAGGGUACUCUCCUAUUUAUUGACUAUGAGCACACAGAUUACAUUGUGACCUCCGAGAACUAAUCAGCUGUAAACCUGUAUUGUAACCUUAAAUUCAGAAGAUAAUAGAGUAGUGCCUUUAUUUUGUUCAUUUCAAAUUCCCUCGAAACUUAGGAAUCUCAAAACAUAGAAAUUUUCAUUUUGCACAUUGUUUUUCUUCAAGUUUACAAAAACACACAUUCUCAGUUGAAUGAUUUGCACAUUUCUAAUUUUCAGUAACAUGAAUGUAAAAUAAUUGUAUACAUAUAUUUAUUUAUUUAUUUAUUUAUUUGUAAAUCACAUUUUUCUGGCUUGAAAUUACUGACCAAGGACAAGGUUAAGUGAAGGCUUUGUUGAGUAAAAGAUAUUCUAAUAGAGCAUACUUUAAACUUUCUUUGAGAGUAUUUCAUUAGCUAUGACAUUGAUUUACCUAAUAUGACAGAGUAUUAUAUUUUGAAACUACGUAUUUUGGAAGCAAUAUACAUUUAACCUGUACUUUCGUUCCCUUGAUUCCAUUCCUUAACAUGUAGUUAAUGUAAUGUCCAUAGAAUUCAACAGUAGAGCAUUCAAAAUUUAUUAUACAAUUUUAAUCCUGGAUAAUUCUCUCUGAUUAAAAGCGACAGUACCAAUUUUGUAAGAUCUGAUUUGACCGAUUAACAACCGUUUUUAUAGACCAAGGAGUCUGCGGGGUCGGGUUGGGGAUGACUUACUGUACAUGUACGUGGAGUAGCAGUAAUUGUAUGGCUUCAAACUCCAUGUAUUUGUGUGCUAGCCUUUAUCAGAGACACAUUUUCACCAAA